CUAGUUUCGCACGAUCUGGUUUCGGGGGAGAUUUGAAUAGAUUCAUCGAUCGACGUAAUUGAGAAUCAUCAUCCGACCGCUCACGUGGCUGCCUAACCGGGACCGAGAAGCGCCAAGUCGAACUUCUUCUCCUCUCUCUCUCGCUUUCUCGCUUUCUCCUUCUCACUCACACCCUUCCUCCCUCCACUCCACGCCGGAUUCAUAACAAAAUCCUCUAUCAUUAAGUCGACCCCGAAGAAGAACAGUCGCCAUGUCUAACAAUAAGCAGACAAGUCCACCCCCAGCUUACCCCCAACCCGCCUACGACGCCGGCCCCUACCAAGGCACUCCACCCCCUGGCCCUGGCGCCGCCAACGACUACUACAACCAAGGCGGCUACGGUCCUCCCCCGCAACAAGGCUACGGACCUCCUCCGCCCCAGAAUUACUACGGGUCGCCGCCGCCCCAGGGGGCUCCCCAGGGGGGCAUGUACUAUCAGCAGCAACCGGGGUAUCCGCAGCAGCAGCAGCAGCCGCAGCCGGGGUACUACGCCGAUGAUCGGGGCCGCGACGGCGGGUCCGGGGGCGGGAUCUGCGCGGGUAUCAUGGCUGCGUUGGCUUGUUGUUGUUGUUUGGAUAUUUUGUUCUAAGGGGGCUGUUGGUGGUUGGUUAUGUUAUAAUAAUAUCCUUCUGUCGUUGUGUCUGGGGGGUUGUUUCUCGUCGUCUGUCUUGUAAGACGGAGAUGGAUGGGGUAGAGAGAUGAGAUGGAUUGGGCGUUUUGCGUGGAGUAUGGGGUUCUUCCCUUCUUCUUUUGUUUUGUCUUCUACUUUUCUUCGUCUUCUUUAUUUUUAUUAAUGACCGAGUUGUAUUCAUUCGCAUUGGUAUCAUAUUGCAUUACAUCAUACAUCAUACCCAUCCAUAUCCAAGUCCGCGCAAAAAACAAACAAUCAAAAGAAAAAAAAAAGAAACAGAGAACAAG